UCUUGGGCUAGAAUAUCUAUGGGUCGAAACGUGAUGCGAUGAAUCCGAGAGAGACCGAAACUGGGACGAGGAGUGCGGCGGAAGCGGCGGGACUCCUGGGCAUGGGGGCUUCACCACAAUAGAGGCAGCAUCCCCACCCGCCCCCGCCAGCCCCUCUGGAGCAAAUCCCCCAAACCCCCUCGGGAAAAGGAUGGCGGCGGCACCUACCCAGAUCGAAGCCGAGCUGUAUUACCUGAUCGCUAGAUUCUUGCAGUCCGGACCCUGCAACAAAUCCGCUCAGGUGCUAGUGCAGGAGCUCGAGGAGCAUCAGCUUAUUCCGCGCCGCUUAGACUGGGAGGGGAGAGAGCACCGAAGAAGCUUCGAGGAUCUGGUGGCAGCCAAUGCACACAUUCCUCCAGACUACCUCCUUAAAAUUUGUGAGCGGAUUGGUCCCUUACUAGAUAAGGAGAUCCCUCAGAGUGUUCCUGGGGUACAGACAUUACUAGGUGUUGGUCGGCAGUCUCUGUUACGGGAUGCCAAAGACUGUAAGAGUACACUAUGGAAUGGCUCUGCUUUUGCAGCUCUACAUAGAGGCAGACCUCCAGAACUACCUGUAAAUUAUGUGAAACCUCCAAAUGUGGUGAAUAUCACCUCUGCCAGGCAAUUAACCGGAUGUAGUCGCUUCAGCCAUAUUUUCCCUUCAUCUGCUUACCAGCACAUUAAGAUGCAUAAGAGAAUUCUGGGGCACUUGUCAUCUGUCUACUGUGUAGCAUUUGACCGAAGUGGGAGAAGAAUUUUUACAGGUUCAGAUGACUGUUUGGUGAAAAUUUGGGCAACAGAUGAUGGGCGCCUUCUUGCUACACUUCGAGGGCACUCUGCUGAAAUUUCUGACAUGGCUGUUAACUAUGAAAACACUCUCAUUGCCGCAGGCAGCUGUGAUAAAGUUGUAAGAGUGUGGUGUCUUCGAACUUGUGCACCAGUUGCAGUCCUUCAGGGACAUUCAGCUUCUAUUACUUCCAUACAGUUUUGUCCAUCAACUAAAGGCACAACCAGAUACCUCACUUCUACUGGUGCUGACGGAACUAUCUGUUUCUGGCAAUGGCAUGUAAAAACAAUGAAGUUUAAAGAUCGCCCCGUGAAAUUUACUGAGAGAUCUAGACCUGGAGUUCAGAUAUCUUGUUCAUCUUUCAGUUCUGGUGGUAUGUUCAUUACAACAGGUAGCACUGACCAUGUGAUUAGAAUAUAUUAUUUGGGUUCUGAGAUCCCUGAGAAAAUUGCUGAAUUAGAGUCACAUACGGACAAGGUUGUUGCUGUUCAGUUCUGUAACAAUGGAGACAGUUUAAGAUUUGUUAGUGGAAGUAGAGAUGGAACGGCAAGAAUCUGGCAAUAUCAGCAACAAGAGUGGAAGAGUAUAGUGCUAGAUAUGGCUACUAAAAUGACUGGGAAUAAUUUGCCAUCUGGAGAAGACAAGGUCACUAAACUUAAGGUGACUAUGGUGGCCUGGGAUCGCUAUGAUACCACAGUUAUUACUGCAGUGAACAAUUUCCUUUUGAAAGUAUGGAAUUCUAUCACAGGCCAACUUCUUCAUACUUUAUCCGGACAUGAUGAUGAAGUAUUUGUUUUGGAAGCACAUCCAUUUGACCAAAAGAUCAUACUUUCGGCAGGUCAUGAUGGGAACAUUUUUAUUUGGGACCUUGACCGGGGGACCAAAAUUCGGAAUUAUUUUAACAUGAUUGAAGGUCAAGGCCAUGGUGCAGUGUUUGACUGUAAAUUUUCACCAGAUGGAAACAAUUUUGCUUGUACUGAUUCUCAUGGGCAUUUGCUGCUUUUUGGAUUUGGAUGCAGUAGAUACUAUGAAAAGAUUCCAGAUCAGAUGUUCUUCCAUACGGAUUAUCGACCUCUUAUCCGUGAUGCCAACAACUAUGUAUUGGAUGAACAAACCCAACAAGCUCCUCAUCUCAUGCCUCCCCCAUUCUUGGUGGAUGUUGAUGGAAAUCCUCAUCCCACAAAAUUCCAAAGGCUAGUACCAGGACGGGAAAAUUGUAAAGAUGAACAGCUUAUACCACAGCUGGGAUAUGUGGCUAAUGGUGAUGGUGAAGUAGUAGAACAGGUAAUUGGGCAACAAACCAAUGACCAAGAUGAGAGCAUUCUUGAUGGAAUAAUCAGGGAGUUACAAAGAGAACAAGAUCUGAGGCUAAUUAAUGAAGGAGAUGUUCCACAUUUUCCAAUUAAUAGAUCAUAUUCUGCUAAUGGUGCUCUGAGAAAUCCAAAUAUGGACAUAUCUUCUUCCCCAAACAUUGGACUCCGACGUAGUGGUCAAAUUGAAGGUGUCCGACAAAUGCAUAACAAUGCUCCUAGAAGCCAGAUGGCCACUGAAAGAGAUCUCAUGGCAUGGAGCAGAAGAGUGGUGGUCAAUGAACUAAAUAAUGGGGUUAGUAGGGUUCAGGAAGAAUGUCGAACUGCUAAAGGUGACUUAGAAAUCAGUCUUUAUACAGUCGAAAAGAAGAAGAAGCCAUCUUAUGCUACCCAAAGGAAUGAUUAUCCGCCUAGCUGUGGGCGGUCUUUACGAAGGACGCAACGCAAACGCCAGCAUACUUACCAAACAAGAUCCAACAUAGAGCAUAAUUCACAAGCAUCAUGUCAAAAUUCAGGUGUACAGGAAGACUCAGAUAGCUCCUCAGAGGAAGAUGAAACAGUUGGCACAAGUGAUGCUUCUAUAGAGGAUCCUGUUAUUGAAUGGCAAAGUGAAAGUUCCUCCAGUGAUUCAUCAAGUGAAUAUUCUGAUUGGACAGCAGAUGCUGGAAUAAAUUUGCAACCUCCAAAAAGGCAAACGAGACAGGCAACACGGAAAAUAUGCAGCAGCUCUGAGGAGGAGAAUUUGAAGUCACUUGAAGAACGGCAAAAGAAACCUAAACAGACUAGAAAGAAGAAAGGAGGACUGGUUUCUAUGGCAGGUGAGCCCAAUGAAGAAUGGUUUGCCCCUCAGUGGAUCUUGGAUACCAUACCACGACGUUCCCCGUUUGUCCCACAGAUGGGAGAUGAGCUUAUAUAUUUUAGGCAAGGACAUGAAGCUUAUGUACGGGCUGUAAGAAAAUCAAAAAUAUACAGCGUUAACCUACAAAAACAGCCAUGGAAUAAAAUGGAUCUCAGGGAACAAGAAUUUGUUAAGAUUGUAGGAAUCAAAUAUGAGGUUGGACCACCUACACUAUGCUGCUUGAAGCUUGCAUUUCUGGACCCCAUUUCAGGCAAAAUGACUGGAGAAUCUUUUUCCAUUAAGUAUCAUGACAUGCCAGAUGUCAUUGACUUCCUUGUGCUACAUCAGUUUUAUAAUGAAGCCAAAGAAAGGAACUGGCAGAUUGGUGAUAGAUUCCGCAGUAUAAUAGAUGACGCCUGGUGGUUUGGGACCGUGGAGAGUCAGCAGCCUUUUCAACCAGAGUAUCCUGAUAGUUCUUUCCAGUGUUACAGUGUUCACUGGGACAAUAAUGAGAGAGAAAAGAUGAGUCCCUGGGAUAUGGAGCCAAUUCCAGAAGGAACUGCCUUUCCAGAUGAAGUUGGUGCUGGUGUUCCUGUGUCCCAGGAGGAAUUGACUGCUUUGCUAUACAAACCUCAGGAAGGAGAGUGGGGGGCUCAUUCCAGAGAUGAGGAAUGUGAACGAGUUAUUCAGGGCAUCAACCACCUUCUUUCCCUGGAUUUUGCCAGCCCUUUUGCUGUUCCAGUGGAUCUCAGUGCCUAUCCCUUGUAUUGUACUGUAGUUGCUUAUCCAACUGACCUCAACACCAUCAGGCGGAGACUUGAAAAUCGCUUUUACAGGAGAAUAUCAGCAUUAAUGUGGGAAGUACGCUACAUUGAGCAUAAUGCUAGGACUUUCAAUGAGCCAGACAGUCCUAUAGUUAAAGCAGCCAAAAUUGUAACUGAUGUCUUACUUCGAUUUAUUGGGGAUCAGAGCUGUACUGAUAUACUGGAUACUUAUAAUAAAAUUAAAGCAGAAGAGCUAAACAGUACUGAUGCAGAGGAGGAUACAGAAAUGGUUGAUUUAGAUUCAGAUGGUCCUGGUACUUCAUCUGGAAGAAGGGUCAAAUGCCGAGGCAAAAGACUGUCUUUAAAGUGUGAUCCUGAUGCUUGGAGAAAACAAUGCACAGAACUGUUGGGCCUCAUUUAUGAACGUGAAGACUCAGAGCCAUUUCGACAGCCAUCUGAUCCUCUUUCCUACCCAGGCCAUCAAGAGCAAGAGGGCGAAUCCUCUGAGUCAGUUAUUCCAGAACGACAACAAGAUCCAUCUCUUUGUGAGGAUUAUCAUGUUAUAGACACUCCUAUGGACUUCAGCACUGUGAAAGAAACUUUGGAAGCAGGAAACUAUGGUAGUCCUCUGGAAUUUUAUAAGGAUGUUCGCCAAAUAUUCAGCAACUCCAAAGCUUAUACCUCUAAUAAAAAGUCAAGGAUCUAUAGCAUGACAUUGCGAUUAUCUGCCUUAUUUGAAAGUCAUAUUAAAAAUAUCAUCUCUGAAUAUAAGUCAGCAAUCCAGAGUCAGAAGAGGAGAAGGCCACGGUACAGAAAACGUCUAAGAAGCAGCAGCAGUUCAUUAUCUAGUAGCAGAGCUCCUAGUCCAAAAGGGAAACAGAAACAAAUGAAGUUACAGCCUAAAAAUGACCAGAAUACCUCAGUGUCUUAUGCCAGGACUAGCUCUCCUUUCUCAUCUCCUGUUUCAGAUGCUGCUGAAGGGCUGUCACUGUAUUUACUUGAUGAUGAACUGGAUGGACCAUUUUCUUCAUCAAGCUUCAGUGGAUAUAGCCGAAGUGGAAAUAGCCAUGACCCAGGGAAAGCCAAAUCAUUUCGAAAUAAAGUUUUGCCGAUUAAACAAGAUCACUCCCUUGAUGGACCCCUUACAAAUGGUGAUGGCAGAGAACCCCGGGCAGGAAUCAAGAGAAAACUACUUAGUGCAUCAGAAGAAGAUGAGAGCAUGGGAAGAGAAGAGAAAGAGAAAAAAGAAACAAAAGAGAAAUCACAUUUAUCUUCCUCAGAGAGUGGAGAGUUAGGAUCCAGUUUAAGUUCUGAAAGUACCUGUGGUUCUGAUUCUGACUCUGAAUCAACUUCCAGAACAGAUCAAGAUUAUGUAGAUGGAGACCAUGACUAUAGCAAAUUCAUACAAACUAGGCCUAAAAGAAAACUCAGAAAGCAAUAUGCCAAUGGAAAAAGAAACUGGAAGACGAGAGGCACGGGAGGAAGAGGCAGAUGGGGCAGAUGGGGUAGAUGGAGUAGAGGAGGCAGAGGAAGAGGAGGCAGGGGACGAGGCAGUCGAGGAAGAGGUGGAGGUGGCACGAGAGGGAGAGGGAGAGGGAGAGGAGGAAGAGGUGCUUCUAGAGGAGCCACCAGAGCCAAACGUGCACGUAUUGCAGAUGAUGAAUUUGAUACUAUGUUUUCAGGACGUUUCAGUAGACUGCCUCGAAUUAAAACAAGAAACCAAGGCAGGAGGACUGUUUUAUAUAAUGAUGAUUCUGAUAAUGACAAUUUUGUGUCCACUGAAGAUCCUCUAAAUCUUGGUACAUCCAGAUCAGGCAGAGUCCGUAAAAUGACAGAAAAAGCCAGGGUUAGCCAUCUCAUGGGAUGGAAUUAUUAACAGUUAAUAAAUUUAGAAUAAUUUUAAAAAUUUAAUGGCCUUCUACUGCAGGGAAUUUACCAGGAAAUCUACAAAGCAAGUUGUGUGGGGACUUCUGCUUCCUUUCACAUUGGUGCUUUUCCAUUAUGCCAGUAUACAUUUGUUUCAAGACUUUUGAUCUCCACACUUCAUUUGUUCAAACAAGCCUUACUCAUUAGGCCUUAAAUUUUAAAAAAUUCUACACACACACACACACACACACACAUACACAUACACACACACCACAGACACACUACAGAUUUACUACAUGAAGGGAGCAUUCAGCUUCUUAAGAGUAGCAUGACAUUUUUAUCUCAAUGGAAUAUCCCUCUUUUGCUUUUGUAUCACAGAAGUAUAGCACCUUCUUACAGAGUUUUAUAUAGUUUGUUUUUGCCAUUUUGAUUCCUGUACCAGUAAUAAUAACUUUUGCACAAUACACCAAUCCUAAAGGCAGCUAUUAAAUGUUUACAGUUUCUAUAUUGUAAGAACGAUCUGGAUUAUUUUACUCUUCCCAGGCCAAACUUUCAUGAAUUGUACUGAACUGAAGUAUAUAUUUAUACUACAGUUUUUUUGGGGGGUGGGGGGUUCUUAAUAUGCUUUUCAUUGAUUUGCUUAAUUCAUGUUAAAGGUGAGAAAGGGUUGGUGCCUUGUAAAUAUGUAGCAAAUCUUUGUGGUGUGUCCUGAUGUGUGCAUUAACUUUAUUAAAAAAAGAAUACUUGAGGUAUCAAUCUAGACAAGGUGCCAAAUGCAAAAGUUUCUUGCAUCCAUUUUCUUUUUCCUAUUAUAUUUUAUUGCAUUAAUAGAACUUGUGUAGCUUAAAAAAUAACUUAAACAUUUGAAAAAUCCUCAUCCACAAAGAAUAACUUAAUAGUAGCUCAGCUACCUCUAUUAACUACAACUACUGGAAACAUUAAGAAAAAUAGAUGCUGUUAUUCAUUACUAAGGAGAAAUAGAACAAGCUUGGUAGGAAUGAAUACUCAUAAGUUAUAAGCUGAGAGGUUGUUAAUA